AUGAUGAAUUUCUCCGCGUUCGGUGGUCCGUUUUCGGGUAUACAUCAGUUUGCCGCUAAAUUUGGCCAUGAUACACAAACGCCACCGGGUGCCUUUACAACGCCCGGCAUAAAUGGCAAUGUGGCCGGUGGCGGCACCACCACCGUCAAUGACAAUCAUGUGCAACGCUAUCAAACGAAUGGCAAUCAUUUUCAACAGAAUGUACCAAAUGAUCAUAUGACGUCAACUAUUUUGGAUAUUUCGGAAAGGACUAGGAACAUUGUUAAUGGAUUUUCCGCAGCCAAUAAUACCAUGCAGUAUGGCCAAAAUAUUUCCAUACCCUAUUCGCAGCCACAAACCGAUUUGAAUUUUUUAAAUGCAGCUGCCUCAGUCGAUCACAAGGGGAAAAUACAUCCAAAAAUUGAAAGGGAUCGUGAAGAAGUUCUAAAUCAACAAAUCUUACAAAAUGUCAAUCAGUCGUGGCAAACAUUGGCCAAUACGGCCAACACCGUCGAUUAUUCAUCACAUUUGCUAUCCGCUACACUGCCAAUUUCAAUACAGCACUUCCUCAAAUAUUCCGAAACAAUAAAAAAGGAAUCCUCAGGUAUUGUGGGCUCACAAAUCAACUCAGGGAAUUUAAAUUUGGGCAAUUUGGAUGCAUCGUCCGGAUUCAAUAUCAAAAAUGAUGUUCUCAAGAAUGGCACAAAUUUGGCCAGCUUGGCAUUGGGCGGAGUGGCAUUGACGCCUAGCAACGCUAACGCGGUUAAUGGUAAUCAUCAUGCCCACAAUGGCAAUGGUACCACCUCUCUGGUAAAUAUGGAUCAUGGUGGUGGUGGAGGCGCCGGUGGAGGAGGUGGUCACAUACCCAAUUUAAAUGAUGUUCAAAAUGGACAAAUGGUUAAUAAUGGUUCGAUGGCCACCAACGGGGUGGUAAAUGGCACAGCAAAUGGUGUUGCCACCAAUGGCACCACUGUGGUAACAAGUACUGCACCGGCUGGUACGAAUGGUACAACUACAACAAAUGCUGAUGGUACCACAACCACAACACCGGCCACCACGACCACAACAAAAGCCAAAAAGGGCAAGAAGAAGAAGCCACCCAAGGAGAAGAAACCCCGACCAAAACCCGGUGAGAUUCGUGAAACCAAAGCAUUGGACGGUUCGACGCUCUACUGUUGUCCCGAAUGUCAAAUGGCCUAUCCGGAUCGUAGCCUGAUCGAACAACACGUUAUAUCACAUGCCGUUGAACGGCGUUUUGUUUGUGAUAUUUGUAAUGCAGCGUUGAAGCGCAAGGAUCAUUUGACUCGUCACAAGCUAUCGCAUAUACCGGAUCGGCCACAUGUGUGCAAUAUUUGUAUGAAGUCCUUUAAGCGCAAGGAGCAAUUAACCCUUCAUAUUGUUAUACAUUCGGGUGAAAAGAAACAUGUCUGCAUUGAGUGUGGCAAAGGUUUCUAUCGCAAAGAUCAUUUACGCAAACAUACACGCUCACACAUUGCUCGUCGUGUUAAAUCGGAAGUCUCGGCACAAAAUGUCAGCACCACUGGCGGCAAUAAUGCCAAUAAUGGCGGCAGCAGCAACAACAACAGCAGUAAUCAGAAUAAUACGUUACACGGUUCCUGAGGUUCGUACAAGGACUUUUGGUAAACUGUUAUAAAAUUUCUAACUGGAAA